ACACUUACACAUAGGUCUACACUUCGUACUUCGUAGCUCUUCGUAAAGGUUGUGGAACCUGUCUGUUAAUAGGCGAUCGAAUAAUGAAGAACAAGUAGGACUAAGGAUGAUUCUAUGACGAAAGGAAUAUUCAACGUGUUUGAAUAAGAGCAACUGCAGAGAGUCCGACAUCAUUCUUAUGGUCAGAGAAAGAAUCAAAGUUUUUCUACAGCUUUAAGAAUGAGGUUGAGAUUUAUAACCGACUUCAAAAAGAGUUGCACUGAACUAGACACAACAGUGUUGGAGUAAAGCCCGCUUAUUGAAAUCUCUGAGGUGGACUGGAAACAAUUUGGACCAAAAAGACACAGAAACCCUGCCCAAAUGGCCUGGAAUCGGACAAAACGGGUCGUUGAAUGCUACCCGCUGAUCAGCGAGACAUCUGUCGCUACGAAGGAAAAGAUUUACAAAGAUCAACGAAAACUGGAAGACAUUAUAAAGAAACUCGAUUAUCAGAGACUGAAUGUGGAGAGACAAUUCGACAUGGAGAAAAGGAGCAUCAGGGAAGAGUUGCGGACAAGAGUCGGGACAAGGACAAUACAGUUAGACGCAGUUGAUUUGCCGAAGUUGCGCCGACUUGGUUUAGAAAAUGCUCCCAGACAAUUGAUUUUGACAUUAUUACGAGCGUUCCCUGAUUUGUUUCAUGAUACAGACACCCAUCUUCCUCGGUUGUCGCGGGAAGGAACAGGUUGCGGUGACGUAUUCGAUGGAUCGUCUCCUGAAGAGAAUUUAAUGCACGGAUUGAUGGCGUUGGUGCUACCAAACAGAGAGAAACCGCUCACUCCUGCUCAGUCCGUGGAUCGUUUGAUUCAUGAGAAGAACAUUACUUUCAUGAGAACAACCAAUGAAUGUAAAGAACAAUAUAGGAAGGAGCAUAUGACCUUUGACCCCAGUCUUUCAUUCAGACAGCGGGAGUAUCUCCGGCGUCAACGAUCGGCGAGGAAGAGUGCGCGUCGUCGCGGACGACAAUUAUCCUUGUCAGUAGACACAUUGCUGAAAAAAGAGGAGGAGACGGAAAAGAGAAGCCACAACGAAGGUAUAGCCGUUGAUAUUCAAUUUGCCGAUGAACCCGAAGCGCAUCAGGUUGAGGUAGAUUGCGGAGAAAGCGGUGGAGCAGACAACAAUCACGGCCUCACGAAGACCGAGAAAGACAAGAAGAUUGAAAAAGUAACAUUGCAAGAUGAUAUUUUAUUUGAAGAAGAAGACAAAAAAGGCCCUCAAAAAGACGGGGAGAGAUUCAUUAGUGAAGUUCAUACAAAACAGGAUUUUGAUAGCAAACCGGCUACAAGUUCUCGUCGUUUGCGGGUUACUCCGGACGGAAGGAAGCGCGAAGAUGUCCUGAGGGCAGUUGGGGAGUUGCUGCAGAGGAGUCGCACCUUCUCUUAUUCGGCCGGAACAACGAUUCAAACCAAGCUUCAAGAUGAGGACAGACACAUUAGCAAGUCACAACCUACAACGCCAACCAACGCGAGAAUCGAAAAGGGUGUCUCCUUGAGGAUCCGCCAAAAAUAUCUUCACGAGCCCAGACGACAGAUGUUUAUAAGAAAUGUCACACAAGAGAAAGUCAGACGUCUCGAACGCAGGUCACCUGGACAACAAAUAGGAUAUGUGCAGAGAAAAAUGACUGCUCCAAACUUGAUUGGUUGGCAUACAAUUAUGCAGAAUUCUGCGCACAUGGCUCAGAUUCGCCGGGGCAGCGGGCAGGAGAGUUGCAUUGUUUAAAAUUAAAAGCUGAAAGAAGCUGCAAAGACUUUAAUUGGGUGACUCCAUUUGUUCUGUCUGAACAAGUUCCUUUGACACUGUAGACUAACAGAGUGCGAUGGGAGGUUCCAAUGAUGCCAUGGUAUUCGCACUGGGCAACUUUUCAUACUGGUAUAGAUAGGUCGUAUUCAGCACACUCGUAUGUGUGUCGAGAGGCCAUCACAUAUCCGGCGAAAUGACAAUAAGGCGAAUUGACAUUAGGCGAAUUCGCUUAAGGUAACGUGAAGACGCCGAUAAUAUAGAUGUGACACUAUCACG